UUGCUAAGGUUUCAGGUAGUGUGGAUCCGGAAGCAGGAAGUAGUGUGAAUUUCCAGGACCCUGGGCUUACCUGGUUUGGGGUACAGGGCACCACCAGAGGCAGGUGGGGCACUGGAAGAGGCCUGGCUAGGGAGAGAGAAGGUAGCCACGAUGGGACAGGCAGCUGAGGAGUUGAAGCAGGAGCUGGAGGCCACUGCAGAGGAAGUACUGGGGAGGCUCAAGAGCCACCAGCUGUUCCAGUCUGAUUGGGACAUCGCGGCCUUUGUGGUCUUUCUCACAUUUGUGGGCACUGUGGUGUUGUUGUUGUUACUGGUUGUUCUUCACUGCUGCUGCUGUUGCUGCACCACCUCCCCCAGACCCCGGAAGGUGAGCCCUGGGAAGGAAAAGCCCAAGGGUGUGGAUAACUUGGCAUUGGAACCUUAAUGCUAGACCUUGGCAUGGGUCCUGCUGGAUGACAGUAACAAAGCCAAUUUUGCCAAAGCCUGAGUCUGGACUGUGUUCUAACCCCGCCAUGGACCGUGUGGUGGACUCAGGGCCUGCACUCCUGGGUUGACAUCUGUCACUAUCCCACAGGGCCACUCUGCAGCCAGGGCUCCCUUUCUCAAAUGUGUUCUGCCUGGGCACAGGCUGUGAUGCCAACACUAAAG